AUGCGGGGGGGCCCGGGCGACGCAGAGCGGCGGCAGCGCUGGGGGCGCCUCUUCGAGGAGCUGGACAGUAACAAGGAUGGCCGCGUGGAUGUGCACGAGUUGCGCCAGGGACUGGCCCGGCUGGGCGGGGGCGACCCAGACCGCAGCGCCCAACAGGGCAUCCCCCCCGAGGGCGACCCUGAGGGCGGGCUGGACCUGGAGGAGUUUUCACACUACCUGCAGGAGCGGGAACAGCGUCUGCUGCUCAUGUUCCACAGCCUUGAUCGGAACCAGGACGGUCAUAUCGAUGUGUCUGAGAUCCAGCAGAGUUUUUGGGCCCUGGGCAUCUCCAUCUCGCUGGAGCAGGCAGAGAAAAUUCUGCACAGCAUGGACCGAGACGGCACGAUGACCAUUGACUGGCAGGAAUGGCGUGACCACUUCCUGUUGCAUUCUCUGGAGAACGUGGAGGACGUGGUCUAUUUCUGGAAGCAUUCCACGGUCCUCGACAUCGGCGAGUGCCUGACAGUGCCCGACGAGUUCUCGGAGCAGGAAAAACAGACUGGCAUGUGGUGGAAGCAGCUGGUGGCAGGCGCCGUGGCAGGUGCCGUGUCACGGACCGGCACAGCCCCCCUGGACCGCCUCAAGGUCUUCAUGCAGGUCCACGCCUCCAAGACUAACCGCCUGGACGUGCUGGGGGGCCUGCGAAACAUGAUUCGCGAGGGAGGCGUCCGCUCCUUGUGGCGGGGCAAUGGCAUUAAUGUCCUCAAGAUUGCACCGGAGUCGGCCAUCAAGUUCAUGGCCUAUGAGCAGAUCAAGCGGGCCAUUCGGGGGCAGCAGGAGACGCUACACGUGCAGGAGCGCUUCGUGGCUGGCUCCCUGGCCGGAGCCACGGCCCAGACCAUCAUUUAUCCCAUGGAGGUGCUGAAGACGCGCCUGACGCUGGGCUGGACAGGCCAGUACAAGGGGCUGCAGGACUGUGCACGGCAGAUCCUGGAGCGGGAGGGGCCCCGCGCCUUCUACCGCGGCUACCUGCCCAACGUGCUGGGCAUCAUCCCCUACGCAGGCAUCGACCUGGCCGUCUACGAGACCCUGAAGAACCGGUGGCUACAGCAGUACAGCCAUGACUCAGCAGACCCAGGCAUCCUUGUGCUUCUGGCCUGCGGCACCAUCUCCAGCACCUGUGGCCAGAUAGCCAGCUACCCCCUGGCCCUGAUCCGGACCCGGAUGCAGGCUCAAGCCUCCAUGGAGGGCGCCCCCCAGUUCUCCAUGCUGGGCCUCCUCCGUCACAUCCUGUCCCAGGAGGGCGUGCGGGGCCUCUACCGGGGCAUUGCCCCCAACUUCAUGAAGGUUAUCCCGGCGGUGAGCAUCUCCUAUGUGGUCUACGAGAACAUGAAGCAGGCCCUAGGGGUCACGUCCAGGUGA